GCAUUCAUUCGCUAAAAAAAUAACUAUGAUAACAAAUUGUCAUGUCAUACAUAGCAGAAGUGAAAAGUAUUCCAUCCUGUUUUACACUUAUUAGUGAUAGUGACGUGUAAAAAUGACUUCAGAAGAAAUUUUCGCAAAACUAAAAUCAAACACAAAAAGUACCUGCGAAGAAACUAUUCGGAUUUUAGUAAAAAUUGCUGACAAUAUCUUAAAUAAUCCAACUAACCUAAAAGUAAGGUCGCUCCAAAAAAAUAAUUCUACAGUCCGGAAUAAAAUUCUAGCGAUUCGGGGUGGUGCAGAAUGUCUGAAGUUAAUGGGCUUUCAAGAAAAUGACACCAGUUUUACACUACCUCCUAAUAAUUCUGUAGACACUCUAGAAAUAAUCAAAAAAGCCUUGUUAGAAUUAAAAAUGAGUGACACACAAAGUAAGGGAGCCAUUCCAAAGCAGAAGAGUGAGAUCGCUUCGGUUAAUAAAGACCAUCGAGAAAAUAAUGAUGAUUUGAAGGAUGUCAAGAGAUUUGUAUUACCCCCAUUUUCUCCGAAAUUUUCCAACCAAUUCCUACGAAGGAUAGAAACACAAUUCCAUCACGCCUUAGCUUUUGAUGACAAGGAUUGCCAAAAGCGUGCCAAAAAAUUAAUACCACUCGAUCGAUUGGAAAUCAAUGCACAAAGAAAUUUAAGAUAUGUGCAGACUAAAAUUAAAAAAGAGAAAAUGCAAGACCCGGAAUUUUCUAUCCAGGAUAUGCUACUCAUAGAAUUAUUAACAUGGUUUAAAGAGGAAUUUUUCUCCUGGGUUGACACCCCUCUUUGUAAUAGUUGCGGAGGAAAAACUGUGAUGUCCCACAUGAGUUCAGAUCGUGCAGAUCUAGUGUACACCAGUAGAGUUGAAGUGUACAAGUGUCCGUCUUGCCAACAACCUACCAAGUUCCCACGCUACAAUGACCUAAACAUUUUAUUGGAAACUCGUAGAGGUAGAUGUGGCGAAUGGGCUCAAGUUUUUACGUUGUUGUGUCGUUCUUUAGGAUGGGACGCUCGAUAUGUAGUUGACGAAUUAGACCACGUUUGGACUGAAGUUUAUUCUAUUACGCAAAAAAGGUGGGUACAUUGUGACUCCAGUGAAAACGCUUGCGACACGCCAUUAAUGUAUGAAAGUGGAUGGAAUAAGAAAUUAACCUACGUUAUUGCAUACUCUCCUGAAGAAGUCCAAGACGUAACUUGGCGUUAUUCAAGUAAUCACAAAGAACUUCUUACUCGCAGAAAAAAUUGUUCAGAAGCAGAACUUAUUAAAGCCUUGCUUAACCUACGGGCUGAGAGGCAAAAAUCAUUUUCUAAAAUCAAAAACAAUUAUCUGAAUAGAAGGUUGAUUAGUGAAUUAGUUGAAUUAAUGGUAGAGAGAAAACCGCUUGACAAUGAAAAGCAUGGUAGAAUUUCUGGUUCAAAGGAAUGGAGGACCGCGAGAGGUGAAGCUAAAGAUGAAAACAUGUAUGUGUGGAGAAUAGGCAAUAAGCAUAUUGUUAACAAUAAAGUAACUAUAAAAUAUUGUACAGCGUUAAAUGUGUAUGAGUUUGUGAAGGGUGAUGAUAGUGUUAUUACAAUAGAUGAAUGGAAUUUGGGUGUUUUUGAUUAUAGUAGUGUCUUUAGAAAGGAAGAAAAAGAUUGGGAUACUGUAUAUUUAGCCAGAAGUGAAGGUUCGGAUCAAGGGAGUAUAUCGUGGAAAUACGAAUUAGAAAAAGACACUACAAAAGUCAUUGAUAGUGUCUCUUUAAAAUUCGGCCACCAAACGUACGAAACUGGGAAAGUCAAAGUCGCUCUUGUAUCGGAUGACAUCACGCUAGAAUUUCCAGAAAGUGACACAAAUUUAUCAACUCAACAACUUUCCGGAAAACGCCACUUUACUCUUCAAGCUACUUUACAUGGAGGAAAAGGGGAUGUGGCCUGGCAACAUGCUCAGUUAUUCCGCCAAGCAUCUGAUAGUAACGAAUAUCCAUUCAUUGUUUCAAUAACUUUUAAAUAAGUGUUUUGAAGUGUUUUAUUUAUGUAUAUGUAGAGACGAAAAUAUUUAUAUGAUAUAUCAAACUACGGAAGUAAUAAAAGCAGUUUUAUCAAUA